AUGGGUUCUUCAAGCGCCCACUCCUCCAACCACGCCAGGUACUCUUCUCCUCGCGGCGGCAUCUCUCCCUACGCAACGCCGUACGCGGACCGCAGAUCCAACUCUUACCACAGCGACUCGCGAGGCGGCAUGAUGAGUGAUCGGGACUCAACCGAAGAGUCAAACACCCAGCGGAAGAGGAUCGCGGUUGCGUGCAUGCGAUGCCGCAAGAGAAAGAUCCGAUGCACGGGAGACAGUGGAAAUGGCCAGCCGUGCCUGAACUGCAAGAAUGCCGGCUUCGAGCCAUGCCAGUUCCUCAGGGUAUCCUCUCACGAGACCCAUCUCAAGAACGAGCAGUUCACCUACAGCCUGGAAGUUGCUCGGAACUUCCAAGCCCGAGGAUCUUCGGUCGUGUCUCCUAUUCCAACGACUACUCUGCCGUCCCCAUAUCCGGAACCCAUGGGCAUGCCCAGCGGUGAGGCCCUGCCGUAUAGGAACGGCCCUGCCUCUACCUACGCCUAUGGCAGCAAGUAUUAUCCCUUGUCGGGAUGGUCCAACGGAUACACCGACGACAACAGCAUCGAGUAUUCGGUGUAUCAGCAGUCGUACCCUCCGCAGCACGAUGCCACCUACAUGGUGGGCUAUCGCAUGGGCUCGAAUCCUCCUUCAAACAAGCCAUCAGGAGGCAGCACGCCCCUGUAUGUCGAGCCGGAGACAGCCUAUGGCUAUCCUGCUGGUCCUCCAGCGGCCACCACAACAACGACGAUGGUACAUCGUCCUGCCCCCGGAGUCGAGGCAAACACCGGUUUUGCUUACCAGAGCAUUGCCUCGCUCCCCAAUGAGAGACUGCUGCCCACGCCUUCUUCGCGGCCCAUGGCCAGCGCUCCUCAGCAGCAUCCAUAUCGAGCAGAGUCCAUCUCUUCAGCCUACAGCAAGACAUCUCAGUCUUCCACCGGCAGCUCCUCUCCUGCUGCUCUCUCUGAAGCAGCAACCACUUACACCAGCUUCGAGAACUCGCCCCUGUCCUCGUACCCCACACCCACCACGACAAACUCGCGCCUCCGCAGCGAGUACCCGACAACUGCAAACUCAUCUCUCGACGCAAUCAUGGCGCCGUCUGAAGAGCCGCUACGCAUGACGGCUCCUGAGAUGACGUACAAGUACACCGACACGACUAGACACUAUGCUAGCACGUAUACGGGAAAUCUCGGGGGCUACAACAUGACGAGCAGCCACGGACACUCGGGUUAUGCAAUGAGCAGCGAUGAGAACGACCGCAAGGCCGGA